AUGAAUUUGUUCAGCGUUACGCAAGUCUAGAGGAUCUUGUUUAUGUAGGAGUGUCACAUGGGAAACAGCCAGAACCAAGGAAACCAAAAAAUUAUGUACGCUUUGAGAACAGGAGCAGACAAAAAGUCAUUUAGAGCGCGUAUGCUAUAUCACAUGGGCAUGACCAAUAUGGCAUAUCUAAUUGACACUGGUUAAAUAACGCUGAUUGUGAAACGGCCACUUCAUAAGUCAUCUCAGUCUGCUUCAACCAGGGCCACUUUUAAAAGAAGGAGAGGAGAGUAGACGCUUAGAAAAAUGGCUCCAGGGGUUUCCAGUUGUCAUUAUCGUGAGGCUCCUCCGUCUAUCUCCUUUUCUGGAUCUGGAUUCCUGGCCACCUACCAGUUAGGGGUAGUCCAGUGCUUCCUAAAUUAUACACCCUGGAUCCUCAGCACUGCGCCUUGUGUCCUGGGAGCCUCGGCGGGCUCUUUGGUGGCAGCUGCUGUAGUCUGUGAAAUGAGCCCGGUAACUAUUCGGGACGAGGUGUUGAACUUUGCCAAACAGAUGAAGGAUUUCACACUUGGACCAUUUAAUCCCUCGAUCAAUGUUUCAAAAUGGUUAGAGUCUGUUUUAAACAAACAUCUCACUUCUGAUGCACACCAACUGGCCAACGGGCGUCUUGCUGUGGCUAUGACCCGCCUGACUGACAGCAAACUCACCAUCAUCUCAGAGUUUCACUCCAAAGAAGAUGUGGUGCAGGCUUUGCUUUGCAGCUGCUUUGUGCCUGGUUACUGUGGUCUGCUGCCUCCAUCUUUCAAAGGAGAACACUAUGUGGAUGGGGGUUUCAGGAGCAUGCAGCCAACAUUGCCUGUCCCCUUCACUUCCACCUUGACGGUGUCGCCCUUCUCUGGAGAGUCAGACAUCUGUCCCUCCGACUCACCGUCCAUGUGGGACAUGGUCGUGAGUGGAAGCACCUUGAAGGGCAACAUGGCGAACAGUUUCAGGAUUAUUAAUGCUCUGUAUCCUAUGGCUUUAGAGACUCUGAGUGAAGCAUUCCACAGUGGCUACAAAGAUGCUUUCAACUUUCUUCUGAACAACAAUCUUGCCCAGAAUUCCAUUUUAGAUAAAGUUUCCCAGAAUGAGCCAAUUUACUACAACCAAAAUAAGGAGCGUAUGCACCCGGAGGCCAACACUGAACAGGAAAUGAAGGAGGGAGAAGAAACCGACACACUGCCAUCUUUUACAGAUAAUGAACACGUGAAUGGCGUCUGCGCUGAGCUUGAAUCACCCCAAAAUCAACCAACCAAAGAACCCAACCUACAUUUUGACGUCAUGAAGAAUGUUUCCUUUUAUGCCGUACUCCAGAGCAGAAAAAGGAUGAAGAUGUUUUUCAGACAGGCACCUGAGUCGUCGUUCUGGUUCUGGCAUGCUGUGAGACACUUUUCGUUCUUCUUUUAUGAAAUAGUCGUCUGUAGCCUCAAGAAGAACGUACACGAUCGGGUCAUGCCCACUGUCCUGCUGUUGCAAUGGCUGAAGAUUCAUGCCAGUUCUGAGGCUUCACCAGGACAGAAGCAUGCCUCACCUGGCCAAAGGUUACCCUCUUCUGCCCAUUCAGAAAUCACUGCAUCACUGGAUUAUAAAAAUACGUCAUUACAGUAAAUGUAUAGAGAGCCUCUGAAUUUGUUAGCCCAUUAAGUCGACAUGGAACCAGUGUAUUCUUUGUGCAGCUGGUCACAUAGCAAUCCAAUGAACAGUAUUAAAGGGUGAGGCUUUUUAAGAAAUGUAUUUGGUUAACUUGUAAGUUUUUGUACAUAUAACUGUAUACCUGUAUCAGAGCAGUGUAAGGCUGAGUUACAUGAGUAAUGAUUUCCCUGCACUUAAAACAGUUGUUGAUUUGUUGUAAAAUGAAUACUGUGUGAGAGACAAUCUAUGUGAUGGGUGUCAGAUUGUAAGUUGAUGUUAGGGGACAGUGUGGAAAAAAGUGAUCUGGAAUCUGUCAUAGGUUUGUACCCAGGUACACAUGAGAUUGUGGGAAGUUAGCUCAAAGAGAAAAUAAAUGCACAUAUCUGCAAAAGUGAUAAUAGAAGCUCUGGCAAAGACAAACUUCACCUUUGCAUAAGGUAUCAUUACAGAUAACAGCCUGUAGUCAGAGCUAGCAGCCGGUGUUAGUUUUAUUGGAGAUAAGUAGCAACGUCAAGCAAAUCACACCAAGCAUGUGAUAAAGAUUCCAGGUAAAUAACAAGGGUUUGUGUGAAGGCUGAAUUAAGUGAUCAAAUCAUGGGCUUUAAAAAGCGGUUUUCACUUCCUGCUGGAAGCAAGAACGUGUAAAUAUUUAGUGAACCCUGGGAGAUCCACGUGUUCUGAAAAUGGCUUAGCCUCAUUUGACUAGAACAAGGUUGUUCAGCAACAACCAACUGAGGACAUUUCACAACUCCCAUUGUUUAUUUUUGGAAUUUAUCCUUGAUCAACAGUGUAAGUGGAACAUAUCUGCCAAAAACACUUCAAAUCAAUUACAUAGUUUAGCUGAAGGGAGAUGGUCUGUUACUAAUUUAAUUUCCACAGGAGCAGUGACAACUAGUCCUGUGAUGUGCUGUGUGAACACUGCACUCUUUCACUCCUCGACCCUUACACAGAGUAGGAUUCACUACUACUGUUAAUUGAUUUGGCGUUAAGCCACACUGGCCUCUUACUUUUUCUCAUUUCCUUGUUGAAAGGGACUGCAGGAUCAUCUUACAAAUAAUAUAAAAGACACUGAUGUAAGGUGUUAGUGUGUCUUAUGACAGUUUUGAUGGCGUACAGCAGAAACCUUUAACUUUCCAGAGCUCAGUUGUGUCAUAUUUGAACAAAAAUGAAAGUACUUUACUGUAAAUGUGUCUAACUGUAAACUGCAAAUGAAUAAAUUGUGCUUC